UCUGAUUUCGUUGUACCCUAAUGCCACUCAUGUACUCCAGCCUUUGGACGUGGCUUUUUUUAGGCCAUUGAAAGUCCAGUGGAAUAAACGUUUGAUUGAAUAUCGAACUUUUCAUGCUGGCCAAACAUUGCCGAAACAUGAAAUUGCACCGCUCUUGAAAAAAGCAGUCGAUGACAUCAAAAACAUGAAAACUGUAAUCAUGAACGGGUUUCGGAAGUGUGGAAUCGUACCGUGGAAUCCAAAUGCGGUCAACUAUGGCAUUUUGUUGAAAGGACAAACUUCAAGUACUGCCAAAGACACGCGUGAAGCUGUUGAACCUGGUGAACAGGACAGCCGUGACAUUACUGAAGCCCAACCCGGAGCUCAACAUUGUCUGCAAUAUCUGGAAUCUUGUCUCAAAGUUGGUCAAUUAAAAAUGUUUGAAAAGCAUCAAUCUGAUUCCAUUUGGCCGGGUCCUGUAGGAGACACCAAUUUGUUCUAUACAUGGCAGGACAUUAAGAAGAAAGCGAACUUAAAUCUCCCAGCAGACGAUCCCGAUGAGUUCCAUGGAUUUGAAACAAAUGAUGUCGAGGAAGAUCGGAUUAACAUGCUCCAGUGGAAGGAUACUGUCGGAAGCUCUUGGGAUACAACUACGCAGCAAACAGGGAACAUCACUGAACUAACGGGAACUGCUGAAAACGUGGAAGAAAGUCUUGUGAACGGAAAUUUGAAAGAAGAAACUGUAACAGGCAUUUCAAAAAAUCCAGCCAAUAUUAAAAUCUUGAGACAACAACCGGUUAACCAAAAUUCGACAGAAGAUCCAAAAUCUCCAUCACAAGCCUUGUCUAGCUUGUCCCUGGCAGGAAUGAAGCAAAAUUUGUUUAGCGUUGCCUUCACUUUGCCCAAAGCUACUCCUAAGCCCCCGAAAGAUCGCAAACGACCUCGUCCUCCUGCUGUCGCCACAAGCGAUGAGUACAGAGCGUGGUUCCAGAAGAUAGAGUUAGACAAAAAGGAAGAAGAACAAAUACGUGCAGAGAAGAAAGCAGCCAGAGAUGCCAAGAAAGUAGCCAGAGAUGUCAAGAAAGCAGCCUCAGCAUUACGACUCAAAGCAAAGUCUAAAGCUGGUCCGAAAAGGGCAAAGCUCGUUAUUUAAAUUUUAAUGACAUGUAAUUAUCUGGAUACUUAAAUAUAAAGUUGUUUUUGUUAAUUUUCCGGAGUUUUUAAAAUGCGUCAAAUUAGGAACAUAAUGCGUCAAAUUAGGCACACUGUGAAAACGGUGCGUCAAGUUAGGAACACGGAGUGCGAUACGAAAACUGUUCGUCCCAUGAGUAAAUAAACCCAUAUGAACUUCUUUCUCAUUUUUCCCAUAUUCUAUAAUGGUUUAACUGUUACGGUGUAAAAUAUGAACAAAAUUGGUCUCAUUUUUAUUUUAUUAUUCACGUUUGAUUACAAAAUUUUGUUAACCGCGUCA